AAAUAUUUAAAUACUCUCUCUGUAUUGAUUAAUACAAAGAGUUAAGGUGCACUCUAGAAGAACUAAACUACAUUACUUUUUGUCAAUAUUGUAAAUGCACCGAAAAGAUGGACAUAAUAAUAAAGCCGCACUACGAUAUUACAAGAUUUUUCAUAAUUUUUACAGGAUUAAGUCGACAUCAUCCUUUGUGGUUCAAUUUUAUACCACAAUCAAUUUUAUUUUUUGUCUUCUUCACAUUUUUAAGUGUUCAGAUUGCAGGAAUGACAGAAGUAUUAAAUGAUAUUGACAUGGUAUUGGAGUGCUUUCCACCAAUAUUAUAUACUUUAAUGGGUUUAAUUCUUUAUAUAAAUGUAAUGGUGCAUGCAAAACAAAUAAAUGAUGUCUUCUAUAAGAUGCGCGAUGACUGGGACACAUUAACAUCAGAAUAUGAAGUUGAUAUUAUGAACAAAUAUGGAAGAAAAUGCAGAUAUUUAACUAUAAUAUAUAUUAUUGGAAUGUUUGGACAUCUUGCAGUCUAUCAUUUAUCACAUGGUUUGCCUGUGCUGAUUAACCAUUUUAAAAAAAAUGAUAAACCUAGGCCAUAUCUUUUUAUUCUUAAGUUGGGUGAUUUUCAAAAACAUUACGUAUUGGUAUCGUUUUACAGUUAUCUAGCUGGUUACGUUGGUAGUUUUGGGAUGGUAAAUGGAUAUACAAUUCUUUUAAUGUUUCUUGAGCAUGCUUGUGGAGUAUUUGAAAUUAUAGGGCACAGAUUGACUGUUAUCAUACAAGAGAAUCCUGAAUCUAUUAAUAAAGUUGGUUCUCGAAAAAAGCUUCAGAGGGAAAUUAAUAUUUGUGUAACAAUGCAUAGAAGAGUUUUAUUAUUUAUCAAUGAUAUUCAAAAUAUUUUUUCAAUUCCCUAUCUUUUUGUGUUUGGGUUCAGUGUAAUUAUGUUGAGCAUUUCAGGAGUCCAAUCUGUGUUGAGUAUGAAUAGAGAUGCAAGAGAUUCCGUAAGGUUUGGAGUUUUUACAAUUUGUCAAGUGAUGCACAUAUACAUUUUAACUAUCCCAACGCAGCAUUUACUGGACAACAGCCUAAUUCUUUCUACCUGCAUAUACGACACAAAUUGGUACCAUCUAUCAACUGAAGGAAAAAGAUUAUUGCUCAUGGUAAUGAGAAAAGGAUCUGAACCUACUACAUUUAUCGUUGGCAAAAUAUUCAUACUUUCAUUGCAGUUUUUUACAAAGGUUCUUCAAACAUCAAUGUCGUAUUUUACUGUAUUAAUGUCUGUACGAGGAUAAAUCGAAAUUACUGCCCUUGGAUUAUAAUAUUAUAAUGAUUUGGAUCUUUAAAUAGUCUUUUCUCAAGUUUUAGGUAAAAGAUAAAACAUUAAGAGCAUUGCAUAUUGUAGAGAAACAGAAUGUGAAAUUAGUUAAAAUACAUUUAAUAGGAAUUGUGCUUCUUUAAAUUGUAAUCAAGAAUUUAAAAAAAAUUCUGUAGCUCUUUAUGUUGAAACACAAUUGUUUUAAAGUAAAUAAAAUUGAUUAUAGAAACUGUUAA